AUAAGUCUGUUUUGGGCCCGAACUCUGUGGUAUGAUGCUCUGUGGACAACAGUGCGACUCACUAAUCCACCAACACAGGAAGUACACAUACUGUAGUAGUCUCCUUAAAACAAUAAAAUUAUCACCAAGCCUUAAGGUAGGUCCUUAGUCCUGGAUUUUUGGGGUUUAGGUAGCAUUUUUUUGUUUGGAAUCAAUAAAUUAACAUUCAGAGUAAUGAAAAAAGGCAAAACAGUUAAGGGUUUUCAUAUUAAUUUUCAUUACAUACACCACUAAAGUCAUAUACCCCGAUGUAGAUUUUUAUGAAAUUCAUUGGAAACAGUUAUUUGUUGUUAUUUUAAUAUAAAAACAACAAAAUAUUUUUUGAAUUGCAUUUAUUUAUCAGGAAACAUGUCAAUAACUAAAACACAUGUCAUUUUCAAUAUGUUCAUCAAGUUUUAGAAUAAUAUGUGGAAAAUUAUUGAAUUAGCAUUAUUCUCCAAAAUGUUAAAAAACAAACAAAUGUGGACGCAUUUUCCUUAUAGCAUGGUUUACAUAUCAUUUUUUCUGUUUAUUUUAGUAUCUGUUAUAGUUAUUCAUGGGAAAAAAUCCAUACCUUUCCUUAAUAAUUUCAAAUCUAUAGCUUCCAGAUUAUGUAUACCCCCAUCAAAAACUGAAGUCUGGCACCAUACAGCUGAGCUAUUUAAAUCACUCGGGAUUAAAAUUGUAUGUAAUUUCAUGAAAAGACACAGAUAAUGAUUCCUUAUCACCUUGGUAAAAUGUUUGUCAAAAAUAAAGGAAAUCUAUCGCAUUAUGGACUUGAUAAAUAAUUGAAUGAAAACAGAGUUAUUGUCCUUGGAUUCAAUAUUUUGAAACAUAUCAUUGACUAUUCAAAUAUAACUAAGAAGUUUGAAAUAUUUUAUGGCUAACAAGAUUUUUUACAAUAACUAUUGAAAAAGAUUCCAACAAAAUUUAUGUUCCUAUCAUUAAAUUAUUGACUUUGCAAAAUCCUAUGACGUCACACGAGUGUGGAACUACGUUAACUGAAUUAGUUUUGCAGAUUUUAUUUACUAGUCUGUAAUUAACUUGCAGUUAAUUAUUCCCCAGUGGAGAGACGCUCCUGAAUGAUAAAUAACUCAUUUUUGUAUAUAUAUAAAUGUAUGUAUUUGCGGCACUAUAUCUUUGUGAUAUAUAGACACCAAUUAAGAAAAUGUCUUCCACUUUUUGAAAGUAUACAGUAUAUACAUGUAUAUAAUUUUCAAUCUUAAUUCACAGUGACCUAUGAGACUGCAAAAAUGGAGGCCCCGUGUCGCAGCAGGUGUGGCAUGAUAAAGAUCCCACCCUGCUCAGUGCAUGGCUAGCUGUAUAAGCGCCGAGCCUAUAGGCCUAAAUUUUGCAGUCCUUCACUGGUGACGUUUCCACAUGAGUGAAAAAUUCUCGAGCGGGACAUUAAAAGAUAUAUUUAAUCAAUCAAUCAAAUACACGAUGUUGUGAACAUUUUGCAAACUGGGGGCAAGAUAAUUUUAAAAUAUUUCCACUUUAUGAAAAGUACAAUGUUUGACUAUAUAAUAAUUGUGAUAUGAAGUUAGUGUUCUGGCUAGUACAAGUUCUGCUCACUAUGUUGAGUUCUGGUGAUUUAAAGACUUCAGUCGGGGCAACAAGUCCACGUUUAAACAAUAGUACGCACAAGAUUGCGAGACACCGGUGUGUGAAUAGAUUGCUCAUCAGAAGUGUUAUAUCUGAUCGUGAAAUGCAAGUUAACACCUCGUGCCGUUCUAAGGCCCUGAAAUAGGACAAAUGUCGAAAAACGAUAUUGUCAUCAAGGUCUGACCCAUUUAGUUAGUGAAUUACAAAAGCUUCCCCACCAAGUUGUAAUGAGUUUAAAUAGUAAUGUCAUUGAGGUUUAAUUCCAAAUUAUUCAUGGUAUUUGAAAUAUUUUAAAAACUAUUAAACAGAGUGUACACAGUGAAAACAAUUAAAGUUUCAAUAGUCAGUACUGUACUUGCAAUGUAUGUAAGUGAUACGCAUUGUGUAUUUGGUGUAUGCAUUAAUUUUUUACUUGAAAUUUUAAGUCUCACUUAUCAUUUGAAUAGUGUAUGGAACUUAAAAUGGUCUCAAAAAAUAGUUUUCAAUGAAUUGCAAUAUUUGAUGUAUGAUCAUGAGUUUCUAUUUAUUGAAGGUUUUAUUAUCAAUGACCUCCAUUGCUGGUUUUUUUUUAAUGACUUAAUGGACGGAGGGUGAUGGAAUAAUGUCAGCAGAUUUAGAAAUUUCGAGAUCACAAUGAAGGCGUACAUAUCAUAUUGCCUGAUCAAUUAGUUUUCAAUUAGGUAUAUAAAUACAAAGGGAAUCUUGCAUUCAGGCUUUUUCACAUUUUAGGAAGUUAGGAAACCAAACUUAACGAAAUUCAAUAGAGAUGAUUGCACAGACAAUUAUUUUUGAAUUUUUUUUUUUUAAACGGUAGAGUGUUUUUUAUAUGGGCCAGGUGUGUCGUGGUCUGUCAGGAAUCAGAGCCAAUUCAGCUUAAUUAGUAUAUUACAAAAUGUAUCAUCCGGGGUCACAAAAAAUAUGGGGCGGGUGGGAGGAUUUUAAUUUUUAUUUCCUGAGAGAGAAAAAUAAUAACAAUAAGCAUAUCACACAAGUGUUAAAUCAAGUUAACAUUCAAAGAAUCCUUGGUAGAAGAUAUAAAACCAACAUUCUGUGACUUUAAUCAUUCACUCAUGUCAAUGGAAAGCAAGUUUAUUUGAAAACGUAAUUUUUGCGUAAAUAAAAAACAUUGGGGUGGGCCCUUUUUUGAGGGGUGGGCGGGGAUGAUAAUCUAUUAAUUUUACUUGGCUUAACCUGUAAUUAUUCAUAAGAAAUGUGAGAUUGACAUUUAACAAUGAUCUAUAGUAAAGAUAAGUACUUCUGUUGAUAUAUGUCUGUAUUUUUUUCUUUAAUAUACAGCACUACAAGUAUAGCUUUAGCACUUUUGUGUCAUCAGUGGAAUUUCCUAGUAACUGUCCGGAUAAAUCUACUUGUUUGCUAUCUUCCGAUGAGAUGUCAGACUCAGUGGGCCAUUAUAACCUGAUGUCUUACGAGGUUUAAUGUCAAUUCAGUCCUGCAGCCGUUGUUAUUAACCUUUUAGCUGGCCGAUGUACAUCUUUAGAACUCACCUGAACCAACCUCACAGAAAGUGGACUCAAAGAAAACCCUAUAGAUACAUGUAGAGCCUGCAUUUACAUAUAUCAUUUCUUCUUUUUAUCAAGGAUGUGAUGAAUUGCACAUUCAGAACUACUAGUAAAAAAAAAUCUAAUAUGAUAUUACACCGUGUUAGUUGCAAAAUUAUAAGCUGUGUAUUUUCGGUAAAUUUCACAAUUCACAUAUAUGUAGUACUGUUCAGUACUUUUGAUUUCUAUUAGCUGAUGUAAAGCAUGACAGUGGUUGCUCCCAGGUAGAUAAAAAAAAGUAGACAUCCAUAAAGCGUAGGCAUCCUAUCAUUUAUGAAUCAUUAGAUGCACAUAUGAUAAUUUUCUCAUAUUAUUGUUGACAGUUGGAGCGAUGAAAGUUGCAGAACCAGUUUAAAUCUUAGCUAGCACACCAUACAUAUAGUUUAAUCUCUUGUCACAAGAGGAUGCCUCGGAAUUCUAUUUGAUGAGGUCGGAGGGCUGUUUUGAGUCUGUGAUUAACUUUUUUUUUUUUUUACACCUGAUCAGAUCGCUAUAUACAUUUUACGCGUUAUAUCACUUGUGUGUGUAUAUUGACACUUGCAUUAUGAAUUAAUUGAGUCGCAUGUUAAUUCAUUUGUAAAUUGAGAGCUCUGCAAUAUAGAGUGGUGUCAGGUUGGAGUAGAUUGUUUUAGAACUGUGAGAUGGCACAUCCUAAGUACCUGUGGACAGUUCACGGACAUGUUAGACUAUCCUCAGAGUUUGAGAAGGCAGUUUACCCACAGAGAGAACAUAAAUCGUGGCGCCCCCUGGUGAAAAGAAGAAGGAAGACAGGGCCAUCUGCAACAUAUCAGUACUCCUCCUUUGUCAUGGGAGAUACCCAGAGGGGUGAAGCCAUACUCCGAAACCUGGCCCAACAGCUCCUGUCAGACAUUGAGUAUCGACAGUUCAAACACGCCGUCAAUAACUUCCAGCAGGCCAAGUCCAUCCCGACACUGUGCCACCAGCUUCGUCCUGUGAUUAACUCCACAGAAAAACUCCUACUUCUUGUUGAACUUUGUAGCAGAAUACCCAAAUCCCUCCAAGAGGACUUCCAUAGACUCUGCAGCAUUCAGUUUCCAAAUUACGAGACCUAUCUUCGAAUCUAUGGUAACAAUAAUUCAAUGGCGGAAAUCCCAAAAGUAAUCGCUCAAGACUCUUCUGGAAAAUUUAAAAUUGUGUCGCAUGGUAGUGAGAAGAAAAUUCUAGUAAAUCAUAAUGGUUAUAAGAAUGGAGACCUAAUAUCGCAGCAUGGAACCAGCGUGACUAGCGGAAUUUACAGUGAAAACGACGACCUAACGUCCUUAAAACAAAUGGGUAAUGAUAAAGAAGACGAUGUGUUUGUAUGGACCCCACAAUAUGGACGAAUUGAAUCCAGCAAGUCUGCGUUUGUGUCUAGAGAUGCCUACGAUACCGGCAUCCGACGAGUCUUCAUCGCCAGACGAGACGAUGGCAGUCUGGGGCUGGGGAUUGUCGGGGGUAGGGAGUAUGGAUCUGAUAUAAUUGUCAGUGUGGUGGAUCCAGAUGGGCCUGCUGCUGAACAGGGUGUACGAGCAGGGGAUAAAAUCCUGGAGGUGAAUGGAACGGACUUCAAACAAAUGUCACAUGCAGAGGCUGUGACAUUGAUGAGGAAUGCCUGGAACGUUAUUAUGAAGGUCCAGUCAGCAGCCAGCUACAGACAAGACCAGCCACGUAAUGUUCAGGUACGCGAGAUUGAGUUGAUUGUCUACCCUGGAUCAGAUGGCCGGCUGGGCUGUUCUACUAACAGUGUUCUUAUGGAAAACAAAACAUCUGAAAAUUUACCAAGACAAAACAGGAUCCGAUAUUUACUGGUAAAGGAAGUGGACCGGAACUCUCCUGCACAGAAAGCAGGAAUAGUCGUGGGGGACUACAUUACCAAGAUUGAUGGCGUCGAUAUCCGAGCUCUAACAGAAAAACAAAUUAGCUGCCUUACCCGGUCCAAACGUCUUAUCGUCUGUGUGAAACGCCUCGUGCAGGACGAUGGUACAGGCCAGCUGGUUCCUCUUGGACUGAAAAACCUGAGGAAUUUAAGUGGUGAAUUUACUCCGGAAUCAACUUCCUCUCCUGUCUCUAAAAAAUUUAACAAUUCCUUCAAUUCGGAUACUCCGGAUGGUAUUCAGGCCGACAAUCCACUAGACAUGAGUUCGGCGGAUUACGAUCCAAUCCAACACCUAUACAAGAGUCCCAGUCAGCUCCACCUAGCAACAGAUGUGGAGAAAAACCCCUAUCACCGCCGUCCCAGUAUCCAUGACUCCACCAACAAUUGGCUGCUGUCCCCUAAAGGGCAGGCCGCCAGAAAAUACUUUGAAAAGCUCAAUUUUAUCACCACUCCAAAUGUGGCGUCUCAAAAUCCCCAUUCUCGGAGCCAUUCUGCAGACAGUCGUGGGAAUCAGUUUGAGCGCAGAGGACGAGCCGUACAGAAAAACGUGUCCCCCGCCGUGAGGGGAAGAAGUGUGGUGCAGUACACUAGAAGUAGGUCACAAUCGCCUCACCCCUUACAGCGGCCACAAAGGAUGUCACGGCGGGAUCAGGACCUUAUGAUGGCCCUGCAGAUGGGGAUGGAGAAACGGCAGCGAGCUAUUCGACUCUCUCUGUACCAGACCUCGCCUCCAAGCGACGAUUUUGAUUGGGAUUUAUAAUGUUACAUGUAUUCCAUUAACUCUUCAUAUCAUAUCCUCUGUUCAGACAGAAUGGGAGAUGAUCUCUCCUUAGUAGUUUAUGCCAUUUUACUUUCAUUUUUACAUUGAAUUGUGUAAUCUUGUUUUUGAAUACGUACUGAUGAUAACUAGCACCUUGAUAUUGGAAACCAAAGUUGUAUAUAUAAUGUCUUUCUACAUUGUUAAAUAAUAUCCUCAUUUUGAUACCUACCUGUACUUUCAGAAGUUAAGGCAUCCAGUGAAAACUUAGGUACCCUAGCUUUGUCAACAUUUUUGCUAUGUAGGUUUUUUUUUUUUGUAACGUUUUACGUUUCAUUUUAAAUUUCCCCAGACUCAUUCCUCUGUGCUUUCAGAAUGAUUUUCACAGUGUCUGUAUAUAAAGAUUAGGAUAUUUCUGUCUGUGAUAUUAAUGAACAAGUGUUUGGAACUUGUACCAAGAUGAGAAAAUGCAUAGAAGCCAAGGUUGUGAUGAAUUGUGCAGUUAUAGAUGUUGUGGGGUGAAUGCACAGAUUUGAAGAGAAGAUUUUUUAAUCCAUUUUUUAAAAUAGUUACUUUUUGAAUAUGGUGAAAUAAACAAAAAGAUACAUAUGUAUAUAUAUUGUUAAAUUGGCUCAAAAUACAUUUUAGACGCUGCAUAAGGUACAAGUCUGUCAUGAUAAUUGUGUAUUUGUCACACCCAUACAGAUCGCACACAUUAUGAAUACAUAUGCAAGUCAUCCACUUCAAACCAGCGAGGGAAAAUAGCAAAUUCUUGUUCUUAUUGUUUUAUGUAUGAAUGUAUAUUUCAUGUAGAUGAAUUUUGCAUAUUUGUUCAAUAUACCCCAACAUUUAUUCUUUAUAUAAUUAUAUUUUUAUUUUCGUUGCUCAGUCACUGCUCUACAUAUUUAAUAUUUACUUAUCCAAUGCGAAACGUUGAUGCAGAUAUUUUUUACAAAUGGUAAUGAUAGCCAUUUUCUCCUGAAGUUGUAAAAAAAAAAAUGGGCAUGCGUGAUAAACAUAGUAAAACUAUUUGAACGGCUGGGAAUUCGGAAGGAAAUGAAAGUAGAACAUAAAUAUAAGGAGUAAAUUUCAAUUUUUAAGAUAUAUGCAGGUAUGAACUGCAAUGCUUGAAGCAUGAAGUGUCAACCCUCGUCAUUUUCAGAAAUGAUAUUCAUUUCUUAAGCGUCCCCGAACAUUCACUUAAUACUUCAUCAGUCCAUUCUAUCUUGUCUCGGACAUCGAUCUGUUGUGCAGUCAUUGGUAGAAAUUGUUAAAACCAUUAUGAUAGUACAAAUGCAUUAUACAUGUGAUUUAGAAAUGUGUAGUGUUACAUGAUGGAGUAAAAUAAGACUUUAAAAUUGAUUGUCUAUCUCGUUGCAUAGAUGCAUUGCAGCAAAUGUUCCUUGGCCUCAUUUAGAAUCACACCAACUCUGAGCGAAGAUCAACAAGAAAAUGGAGUGAAGUGCAAUUAAUUUUUUAUUAUAUCAUGAAAUGUGUGAAUUCAUACUCGAUCUCUAUAUCGCAUAUAUAUAUACUGGUAGACAUGGGUGAUAGUUGUAGAGGUCGAACUGUUGAAAUCUCUUGUGAAUGUAUAGAAUGAGGCCUUCUUUGAUCAACUGUGUAUGCUGUGCAUGUAUCCAAAGGCAGUUUCUGGUGGGUUUAUUUUUUCUUUUUUACAAAUUUAUGUUUAAUAUAUAUGACUAAGAGAAUUAAAUAUUCAUUUUAUUUUUUA